AUCAGCUGUAAAUCAGCUGAUUUCUUACGCGCUCUUAAAUUUUAUUUAAAUUUAAAACAAAAAAUUAAAAUUAAGUAAUACAAUAAAAUAAAUAAGUACAUACUUUUAAACAUCUUAAUAAUAUAAAAAAAUUCAUGAAAUUAAUAUCAAUAGUAAUAAUCUAUUAUCAAUAAUGAAUUGCAGAGUACGUGAUAACAAGCAGGAAGUUUGUGAUAGAAAUUUAAAUUCAAAUUUAAAUAAAAAUAUAAAUAAAAUUAAAUUUGAAAUGGAGAGAGAUCAAUUGGGACAACGUGGACCAGGUGAUGAAAUUUCGGCGAAUCUUGUGCGUGGACUUGAUCACCUUCGAAAUCCUCAAUUAAAUAAAGGUAUGGCAUUCAGUAUUGAGGAGAGACAAAUCCUAGGAAUCCACGGUCUACUUCCAGCGGCAGUAAAAACUCAAGAAGAGCAACUGGAACUGUGCCGUUUGAACUUAGAUCGUUAUACUGACGAUUUAUCAAAAUACAUCUAUUUAACCAGCUUGCUUGAUAGGAAUGAGCGUCUGUUCUACCGUUUGCUCGCCGAGAACGUGGAGAAGAUGAUGCCCCUGGUUUACACUCCGACAGUAGGACUCGCGUGUCAAAAGUUUGGUUUCGUCUAUCGACGUCCACGUGGUCUGUUCAUCAGCAUCCACGACAAAGGACACGUGUACGAUGUGGUGAAGAACUGGCCCGAGCAUGACGUCCGCGCUGUGGUUGUUACCGAUGGUGAAAGAAUUCUUGGUCUGGGUGAUCUCGGUGCCAAUGGAAUGGGAAUUCCUAUUGGAAAACUAUCACUUUACACCGCACUCGCUGGUAUAAAACCUCAUCAGUGUCUUCCAGUGACUCUGGACGUUGGUACCAACACCCAGUCCCUCCUUGAUGAUCCACUUUACAUCGGGCAUCGGCAUCAGCGUGUCACUGGUCAAGAGUACGAUGAUUUCGUUGAUGAAUUUAUGAAAGCUAUUGUAAAACGCUACGGACAGAAUACUUUGAUCCAGUUCGAAGACUUUGGAAACAGAAAUGCAUUUAGAUUAUUACUUAAAUAUCGGGAUGAUUAUUGUACUUUUAAUGAUGACAUCCAAGGUACUGCUUCAGUUGCUGUCGCUGGUUUAUUGGCUUCGUUGAGAAUCACCAAGACCAAGUUAGCUGAAAAUACAAUUGUCUUCCAGGGUGCUGGCGAGGCAGCACUUGGAAUAGCUGGACUAUGCGUAAUGGCGAUGAUGAAAGAAGGAGUGAGUGAAGAAGCAGCCAUCAGCAAAAUUUGGAUGGUUGAUUCCAAAGGCUUGAUCGUAAAAAACCGUCCCUCUGGCGGUAUCAAUGAACACAAAGCCAGAUUUGCACGUGAUCACGCUCCAAUAGACACUCUCGUCGAGGUGGUGAAGACAGUCAAGCCGACGGUGUUGAUCGGAGCCGCGGCAAUCGGCGGCGCGUUCACCAAAGAAAUUCUUCAUGACAUGGGAGAAUUUAAUGAACGACCAAUUAUCUUUGCUCUGAGUAAUCCUACCAGUAAAGCCGAGUGUACUGCCGAAGAAGCCUACACUGCAACAAAUGGACGUUGUAUAUUUGCUAGUGGAUCUCCAUUUGAUCCCGUUACUAUUAACGGUAAAACUUACCAUCCAGGGCAGGGUAACAACAGUUAUAUUUUCCCUGGCAUUGCUCUCGGUGCAAUUUGCGCAGGCAUGAAAACAAUUCCUGAAGAAACAUUCCUCGUUGCCGCUAACGCACUUGCGGAUAUUGUUACUGAUGAAGAUUUAGAUUCGGGUAAUUUGUAUCCACCACUCAAUCAUAUACGUGACUGUUCAUUAAAAAUUGCCGCACAAAUUAUGGACUACGCAUACAAUUAUUCUCUGGCGACAGUACAUCCACGACCGGCGAAUUAUGAAGAGUUUAUUAACGCUCAAUUGUAUGAUACUAAUUACAAAACAGCUCUACCUGUCACGUAUUCAUGGCCUAAACUUUAAAUAAAAUGAUAAAUAAUUGAAUUGUUAAAUAUAAUGUAACACAAAGUAAUUUAUAAUUGUCACAAAAUAAUAAUUAUUAAUUAAUUAAUGAACAACAAAAGUAACAAAAUA